UUGAACCGUAGUGACCUGCAAGACAACUUCACCGCACAGUGGGACUACGACACCGUCGCGGACGUCGUCCGACCAUACGUCCUCGAGAACCGCAUCACGACGAUCCUGACAUUCGACGCGUACGGCAUCUCCGGGCACCCGAACCACAUCUCGCUGUGUCACGGUGCAGCACGCCUGCUCUCGUCCUUCCCAUCCUCCUCGGACUCAGACGACAGCGCACUCACCCGGCCGCGACUGUUCACACUCGUCUCCGUCCCCCUCGUAUGGAAGUACACCGGUCCUGCGAGCCCGCUUCUAUUGAAAGCGAGCUCAGCCAUUGCGGGGAAAGGACGCGGGCCAGCGUUCGUGGCUGGCGUGCGGGAGUAUGUGACGGCCCUGCGCGCGAUGAUGCAGCACCGCUCGCAGUUGGUGUGGUUUAGGUGGUUAUACGUCGCGUUCUCGCGCUAUAUGUGGGUGAACGAGUGGGUGGAGGUCGUCGUUUCUCCGGAUAGUGCGGACAGGCUCCGUCUAGUUAGCGCGUUUAAAGCAAAGUAUAGAAAGGGAAUUAUUACGAUUCGAGGGCUUCCUCGCGCGCACGCCGCCAAAAAGCUUAUUUGA